AUGGAAACUUCACAGAUUUGGGGGUCAACCAAUGGAAACGAAGCAAAGGUUUCUCCGAGGGCCUCCUUCAUUGUGCCUGCUGUUGGUCUCAUGGUUGUGGGUGUCUUGGCAUUGGGUGCGAUUCGCGCGAAUGUGGCCCCUCAGACUGCUCAGGACCAGGCUGGAAUGGUCCAAUUGGGCGAUUUCAAGAUCCCAGACCUUCCAGCGAAUCUGAUCGAUGAGUUGAAGAAAGAAACCAAACAACCAAUUACAAAAUUCAAGGCAGACUUGGGCAUCAAUGACUUGAGGGGGGAUCAGAUUGCACUUUGCGUCAUCAAUCUCAACUUGGGAAUCUGGAAGGUGAUUCAGGUGCUUUGGGCCCUGCGAUCGGUGCCCUUGAGCUACUACAGGGCUGCUGAAGCUGUACGUGCCAAGUGGCAAGGAUGCACCACAAGACAAGCCGAAGCAAUACAAAAUGCUGAUCCUUUGUUUGUGGAAUGGACCAUUGUCACCAUGGUCAUUGUCUUUGCUAUUCUUAUCCUGGCAACAGCCGUGCCUGACAUUCAAGUGGUGAUGUAUCCCGCGCUAUUCCACUUGAAGGUUGUCAAGGGCCAUGAAUCGUUGAGAGAUGCCCUGAGACGCCACAAUGCCGCAGAGCUGGCUGUUAUUGCCAUGAGUGUCGUGUAUGUGUGGUAUGUCUUUCCAUUUCGCUGCAGAAGAAAGUGCGGACGCUGGGAGAGGGACAGACUUCGGAAGCUGUACAAAGUGACAGCAAUUCCAGAUUUGUCCUGCACGGAUGUGCCAUGUCAGGGACAUAGGCUGGGUCCAGUAGCACUGGUGGGUGCCGGCCCAGGGGAUCCCGAACUGUUGACCUUGCGAGCCCUUCGAAAGCUUGAAGCUGCAGAUGUUGUACUGCACGACAGCUUGAUUCCCGAAGAGGUUCUGAAUUUCGUGCCUAAGACCGCGAAGUUGAUCAACGUCGGUAAGCGCUGUGGCGAUGUGAAGGACCGAGGUCUCCAGCAACAGGAGAUCCACGAAUUGAUGUUGGUGAAUAGCCGCCGUGGAUGCAAGGUCGUCCGAUUGAAAUGCGGCGAUCCUUUCAUUUUUGGCCGCGGGGGUGAGGAGCUGGAAUUUCUGGCAGAGCACCAGGUCCCAUGCGAGGUGGUGCCAGGCAUCACAUCCGCACUGGGAGCUGCGGCCAGUUGCCAGGUGCCCCUGACCCAUCGGGGCUUCAGCACCAAUCACCUGCAUUUCUGCGUGGGGCAAAGCAAGGCCAAGAGCCUCCCCGACCUGCAGUGGUCCGAAAUGGCCAAGCGAGCCAUGAAACAGACAGCCGUCUUCUAUAUGGGUUUGAAGCUGCUGGACCAGAUCUGUGCCAAAUUGAGGGACCAUGGAGCGCCGGAUGACACCCCGAUGAUGGUGGUGGAGUCUGCGACUUCUUCGCGGGAGCAGUCCAUCCAUGCAACGUUGGCGACCAUGCCAGACGAGAUUGUGAAGCAACAGUUUGGCAGCGGUGGGCCUGUUUUGAUCAUUCUUGGCCCCACAGCCAAUUUCCCUGCGCAUUUGGAUCGCUUGCAGCGGAGCGGAGAGCUUCAGAAGGACAUUCCAGCACCCAAGCGGCGGCGCUUGACAGAGGUAGCUCAACUCUCUGCUGAUGCUGCUGAUGCUUGA